CCAUAGUUCAAGUGUUCAUGCAUUUUUAAUUUGUAUUUCGUAGAUUUGAUCUUACACUAUUCUGCAGUUCUGAUCAUCUCCAUUUGAAUUAUCAGUUGAUCAUUCUGAAGAAACCCACUAUUCAUUUCCUUGGGUAUUUUUCAAUUUGCAUGCAUAUAUGCUAUUAGGCUUUCCCUUAAUUUUCUUGAAGUCCAAAGGACAACUACACGCAUGCAGCUUUCAGAUUCCUAUUGAAAAAAGUUUGAAUUCAGAAACGGAGCUUCACAGGAAAAAAAAAAAAAAAGGAAGAAAAAAAAGGGAAGCUAUAUAUAUCAGUAGCACUACUAAUGUUUCUCACUUCCCAAUUUUCAAAAUUUGCAGCAACACAACAUGGAUAUGGCGACGAGCUCAUCUGAUGUAGCCAUUGAAGGACUGAGGCCGCUUCUGAGUGAUAAGGAAGGUCUGGAUGAAAUAGCUGCAGCAAAAAUUGAGAAGUUGACCGCUGAGUUGCAAGAGCAAGAGCAGGAGCAAGAUCAUGAGUGUGAUCCUGUCGAGAGGAUUAAAGACGGGUUUAUUCACUUCAAAAUCCACCAUUUCGACAAGUAUCCAGAUUACUAUAAACAACUUGCAGAAGGGCAGCACCCCAAGUUUCUGGUGUUUGCGUGCUCUGACUCCCGCGUUAGCCCCUCUCAUGUCCUCAACUUCAAGCCAGGGGAAGCCUUCAUGUGCAGGAACAUUGCUAACUUGGUUCCUGCAUUUAACCAGUUGAGGUACUCAGGAGUUGGUGCAGUCAUUGAAUAUGCAGUCAAGCAUCUUGAGGUGGAGAACAUCCUGGUCAUAGGGCAUAGUCGCUGUGGUGGGAUAGAGGCCCUUAUGUCUCUUCCUGCUGAUGGAACUACUUCCAAUGACUUCAUCGAUGACUGGGUCAAAAUUGCUUUACCAGCCAAGGCCAAGGUGGAAUCAGAGUGGAGCGAUGCAACAUUUGAGCAACAAUGUGAAUAUUUGGGAAGGGAAUCGGUGAAUUUGUCCCUAGUCAAUCUGCUGAGUUAUCCAUAUGUGCAAGCAGCAUUAGCUAAUAAAGCUUUGAAGUUGAUGGGUGGUUACUACGACUUCGUUAAUGGAACUUUUGGGCUCUGGAAAGCUGAUUUUGAUAUUAAACCCCCAAUUAUCAUAUAAAUUUGGAGCAAGUCAAGCCCCCAACCAACGUGUUUGCUUACUUUUUCACUUCAACAAUGUAGUGUUUUUGUGUUCAAUGAUGAAUAAUUCCCAAGGAAAAAAGACAGAGCGACUUCUAUGCUUGCUCUACUUAUCUUGGUUUCCUCUAUAUGCUGUCUGAAAAUAAUGAAUUUGUUCAUGCUGAUUUUCUUUUCCU